AGCACUGAGCACGCACAGCUGAGGAUCAUGGAGUGGGCGAAGGAGCUGCAGAAGGCAACUGAGAACUGGGGCGUGCAGAGCGACAAGCUGGGUAAAGUGUUACGUCUGCUGUUGCUGAAGAAUACACGUCUGGUCAACCUGCUGCCUCUGCUCGAGUUCAUCACCUGGUCUCUGCUCAAGGAGGACAGCUCGGGGGUGGUUGCACAGUUAUGGCUGCUGGCGAAGCAAAGGACCUGGAAAGCUGGGAUUCCAAGAUACAUUCCCAACUCAGUUUGGACUUGGAUUUGCAGCGCAGCAGCUGAUGUGAUUCUGGACCCCACGACCAACCACCCGUGGCUGCAGCUGUCAGACGACCAGCUUAUGGUCCAGGAGGGCCUUUCACCAUCUGCUCAGCCUUGCAGCUCCCAGCGCUUUGACAGCUGGCCCUGUGUUCUGGGCUGGGAGGGCUACAGCAGUGGCCGCCACUACUGGGAGGUGGAUAUACCCAAGAAAGGCCACUGGCGCAUUGGAUUGACCACUGCCAACUCCAAACGGCAUGGGCGCUUCACUAUGACCCCAAAGCGCGGCUACUGGGCCCUGUGGCGCAGCACGCGUCAGUUCUAUGCCUGCACCGAGCCAGAGACGCAGCUGCCGGUUGGCCUCAUACCUCAACGCAUGGGAAUCUACCUAGACUAUGAAGAGGGCCAGCUCUCCUUCUACAACACAGAAACAAAGUCCCACAUCUACACUUUUACUGGAACCUUCAAAGGAAAGCUGUACCCUCUGUUCGCCCCGCUGGAUGGUCGCACGCUCAUGAGAAUCAUCCCGCCACACAAAAUCACAGUAAACUGACAAAGAUGAGCCUGUAAUAACUCCUAUUGGACAUUUGGAAGAAUUGAAAUGGACUUUAAGGUAACAGAAUUAAAAUAGUUUUGACCAAAAAUCUACAGGACGUUGUCAGACGACGCCGUGUGCACUGCAGGUGCUGGUGCUGCUGUCAGCUGUUGCUUCUGAUCCAUUAGGUUUUACUCUUUUUGAUGUAUCGAUCAAGAAAUCAGAAAUUUCUUGUGCUGUUGCAUGCCUGUUUGCAACCAGUGAGUGAAGCCACACUUAUUACAAACAGGUGCAGUUUGACCAAACUGACUAAAAAUUUGAAACUCAAGAUCUAUAGUUAACCACCUGCAGGUCCUCUACCAUCCUCCAGGGGGUGCUGAAGCUACACCUCUA